AUGUCGCUCGUCCCAUUGACGCCCGCGCAGCUCGACCAAGCCGCUGCCCGCUGCCUCGCCCUCCAACAAUCCGCCCAAGACCUCCACGCCAAGCGGCCCUUCGCCGCCCUCCUGCUCGCCCCAGACAAUGAGACCCCGCUGAUGUCGUCGCUGUCGCUGUCACACGUCCGCCACGCUGAGGCCGAGCUUGCCCGCAAUGCCGCCGACAACUACGCCUGGGACUAUCUGGCCCAGUGCACGAUGGUCUCGACCUGGGAGCCGUGCGCCAUGUGCGCGGGCGCGCUCUACUGGGCGCAUAUCGGCCGCUUGGUGUACCUGGCGUCCGAGAAGACGCUGCAGGCUCUCAUCGGCGCGGGCAACCCGGAGAACCUGACGCUCGAUUUGCCAUGCCGAGCGGUUUUCGACGCGGGACAGAGUCCAGUCGAGGUGCUCGGGCCGCUGGUCGAGGGCGGGUGGGAGGACAGGGUCGUGCAGGAUGCGAGACGAUAUUGGACGACGCAUACAUAG